AUGGACCCCCUAAACCCGAUGGCCUCGACGCUUGACCCGGCGAUCGCGGGCAUCUACGCCCAGGCGAGCUCGAUCCGUGAUUCUCUGCGCAAGACCGUCGCGGCCCCCGAGUCCAAGGAGCGGGAGGAUCAGGUGGCGGCCGCGAGGCGACGGAGGACGAGGCAGCUCGCCAAGGAGGUACUGGGCACGCCGGAAAAGCUGAGAGCGCUGGUGAGGGAGGGGAAGGCGGAGGAGGCGAAGAGGGAGUGGGAGAUGCCGCGGCGGCUGCUGGAGGUUUGGAAGGAGAAGGGGGUCGGCGGGAAAGACGUGGUGGAGUGUCUCGAGGAGGGGGAUGCGGCGCUCCGAGCGGGCACAGGGGAAAGCAGCGUACGGACAUCCAAGGAUAGUGUCAGCUCAUAA